AUGAGACAAACAGUUGUACCCACUUGCCCCCUACAACGGAGGACCUGCAGUGGAGUGUUAUGCGACCUGCCCGGGACCCGUGGGUACCAUGACUGCCAGUGCGGCCUGGUUUACAUCUGGUGGGAGAGACAGCCACUCCCCCGACCCUGGAGGUAUCCUGAAGCUGCCUAUAACAUGAGCAAACACUGUUACCCCCCUUGGGCCGGUGGGGGUGAACCUGGUCCACCCAGAGGAGGCAACCCCAAGCAUGGUGAAAUGGAUGUCGCCACAUGGGCAGAGAACCCUCACAGAGAGUUACCCAAGAUGGCGGACACCGCAGAUUUUGAGGGUCCUGCCGAUUCUGCACAAGACAUCCUGACAAAGCUGAACAAACACUUUGAGACAUUCUGGAAGAAGCUGGAGCACAAGCUGCAUCAGCCUAACCCACUACAACAUACUAAACUCUCCUUGCGGAAACCAAAUAUAUACCGACAGCAAGCAGUCUGGCGUCAAGACAACCGACCAGCACCUACCACUACCAGUCCGAGGCUCCACAGGUGGUGA